GUUCAUCCCAAAGCAUGCCCACGGACACCCACUUUCUAUCGAAUUUGGUAUCAACACAGAUUACUUCCACUUUUAUUUUUCUCUCCCGCUCCUCUCUCUCUCUCUCUCUCUCUCUCUCUGAGGCCUUCGAACCGUAGGCAGCCGGCGGGAAGGCACCUGCACGCAGGGAAAACUUCAGCUGUUUGAUGGCUAUGGUUGACGAGCCACUGUAUCCAAUUGCCGUGCUGAUAGAUGAGCUGAAAAAUGAUGACAUACAGCUGCGGCUGAACUCAAUUCGUAGGUUAUCAACCAUUGCACGUGCUUUGGGUGAGGAGCGAACCAGAAAGGAGUUGAUCCCAUUUCUCAGCGAAAACAAUGAUGAUGAUGAUGAGGUGCUUCUUGCAAUGGCUGAAGAAUUGGGGGUAUUUAUCCCAUAUGUUGGUGGAGUGGAGCAUGCCUAUGUUUUGUUGCCACCUUUGGAGACCCUUUGCACAGUUGAGGAAACCUGUGUAAGGGACAAAGCUGUGGAGUCUUUGUGCCGAAUCGGAUCUCAGAUGAGAGAAGGUGAUUUGGUUGAUUGGUUUGUACCUCUGGUGAAGAGACUGGCAGCUGGUGAAUGGUUUACAGCUCGAGUUUCUGCUUGUGGAUUAUUUCAUAUUGCUUAUCCUAGUGCCCCUGAGAUGCUAAAGACAGAGUUGCGCUCAAUAUACAGCCAAUUGUGUCAAGAUGACAUGCCGAUGGUGAGGAGGUCUGCUGCAACAAACCUGGGGAAGUUUGCUGCUACUGUUGAAUCUGCUCAUCUGAAAACUGACAUCAUGACAAUGUUUGAGGAUCUUACGCAAGAUGAUCAAGAUUCUGUUCGCUUAUUGGCUGUUGAGGGAUGUGCUGCCCUUGGCAAGCUGUUGGAGGCCCAGGAUUGUGUUGCUCAUAUUCUUCCUGUCAUUGUCAGUUUCUCCCAGGAUAAAUCUUGGCGUGUUCGUUAUAUGGUUGCAAAUCAAUUAUAUGAACUUUGUGAAGCUGUUGGACCUGAGCCAACCAGGACUGAUCUGGUACCUGCAUAUGUUCGGUUACUCCGCGAUAAUGAGGCUGAAGUGCGUAUAGCAGCUGCUGGUAAAGUAACAAAGUUUUGCCGGAUUUUAAAUCCAGAGCUUGCAGUUCAGCAUAUUCUUCCCUGUGUUAAGGAAUUGUCAUCAGAUUCUUCCCAGCAUGUUCGUUCUGCUUUGGCCUCAGUCAUAAUGGGAAUGGCUCCUGUUUUAGGAAAGGAUGCUACAAUUGAACAGCUUCUUCCAAUUUUCCUUUCCCUUCUGAAGGAUGAAUUUCCUGACGUAAGACUAAAUAUUAUUAGCAAGCUUGAUCAAGUGAAUCAGGUAAUUGGAAUUGAUCUGCUGUCCCAAUCCCUAUUGCCAGCCAUUGUUGAGCUUGCGGAGGAUAGACAUUGGAGGGUUCGACUUGCAAUAAUAGAAUAUAUUCCUUUGUUGGCGAGUCAGUUGGGUGUAGGGUUUUUUGAUGACAAGCUUGGUGCUCUCUGCAUGCAAUGGUUACAGGAUAAGGUUUACUCAAUUCGAGAUGCUGCUGCAAAUAACUUAAAGCGCCUUGCUGAAGAAUUUGGUCCAGAGUGGGCAAUGCAGCAUAUAGUUCCUCAGGUCUUGGAGAUGAUUAACAAUACCCAUUAUUUGUAUCGGAUGACCAUUUUACGUGCAAUUUCUUUACUUGCUCCUGUCAUGGGCUCAGAAAUCACAUGUUCGAAACUGCUGCCAGUCGUCAUUAAUGCCUCAAAGGACAGGGUGCCCAACAUCAAAUUCAAUGUAGCUAAGGUGUUGCAGUCCCUCAUUACCAUUGUAGAUCAAUCUGUGGUGGAGAAGACGAUCCGACCAUGUUUAGUUGAUCUUGCCGAGGAUCCAGAUGUUGAUGUCCGUUUUUUCUCCAACCAAGCACUUCAGGCGAUCGAUCAUAUCAUGAUGUCAAGCUAGAUUAACAUUUUUCACAUAUUUUGGCUACACCAGUAAAUCUUGAUUCUAGAGUGAGGUCUUUUUGGAGACCGCGUCGCCCUUGAUUAAUUUCUCAUCUACUGGUUAUUUGUAUCCCUUGCUGCAUUCGAAGCUCUGUGAGUGGCAUGAGUGGUAGUAUUUUCUGAAUAGCAUGUUGGGCUGUACCAAUUGAAGUAAUGCUGUAUUUUUUGAGAAAUAUCCUGAAAUUUACUGUUCGAAAUUUUGAGAUCACAUUUUCUGUAGAGAUUUUUAAUUUCUUUUAGAAAAGGUUUUCCAUUA